AUGAAGAACAGAAAAGACAACUACAUUGAACAACUGGGCUUAAUCCCGCUAUCGGAGGAAGGGGGAUAUUUCGUAGAGACAUAUCGUUCACCAGAAAUUAUUCAACCAAAGGAAAGGGAAGGAAAUGAACGGAGCUUAUUCACUACAAUUUAUUACAUGAUUGCACCUGAACUUGGAGGCAAAAACUUCUUAAACAGCAACAAAAGCGAUAUAACACAUUUUUUUCACGACGGCUGGCCCGCUAAGUACAUAUUUGUCACAACCGAGGGCAAAGUUGAGGAGUUUGUAUUGGGUAGCGACACUUCGAAAGGGCAUGUUCCCCAACGAACAGUCCCUGGUGGUUGUCUAAAGGCUGCAGAGAUUUUACUCGACGAGAAUGAUUAUGCAAAGUUUGAAGGAGAGAUACCUUUUACGUUGAUUUCAGAGGGAAUGUCACCGGGAUUUGAUUAUAGAGAUCGUUGUGUGCCCAAAGCUUCUGAAGUGAAGGCGUUGCAUCCCGAAUUGUGGCCAGUGUUAAAAGACUACAGUGCACCAGACCACGAUAAAUGAACUGUUGUUCUAAAAUUCUUAUUUGAAUUUUAACUCUUUCUUAAAUAUUUCGGUUUUUGUAAUUUCUUUAAGCAUUUGACAUGAUGGGCUUAAUUUCUGCUCAUAAAUAGCUGGUAUACGUUUUCUGAUCUGACAACAUGUUGUUGGUUGUACUCAUUUAAUUUCUGCGUGCGUUUCGAACGUCUCUUCGCUUAUUUCAAUUAACAAAAUAACUUGCACUAUCGAAUUCCACGUGCUCUACGACUCGCCAGUCUCUCUGUUGGGCCGAUGAACGGAAAGGGUAACUGUAUUACGUAAGAAGAACACUCAAGUGGCUGUGAUGUCGGGCCUAUAUAAUGUGUACAUAUCUCAGUGGCAGAUCUGUCAAAAUUACUGAUCUAUUUAUUCAACAGUGGAUGUUAAACUCACAACAAUCCAGAAUAAACCGAGAGAAGUUGACGUGACCUGCGUUCAGGGAUUUUUUUUCGGGAGGGGGAGCGCAGAAGCUACCGCAAGGCUUUACCGUAAAUAUCCGAAAAAUAAGCCCAUGCGUAUACUCCCCGUUCCGUGGACAAACUGAUAUACCACAGCGGUAUACCCGGCCUGUGCUAAAACUCAGACGAUAGACGAUACCAUUUUUACGGACAUUUUUGCGACGUAUGGCAUACUCGCCGCCAGCAUCAAAGCAGUACGAAAUAAGCUCGGGACGAGCUGUCACAUCUUCGAUCUAUGAGCAACGAGCUUCCGUCUGAACCACAGCGGUAAAGCAUAGUAUGAAUUAUUUGUAAGUACGUUUCUUGUUGAGGUGUUUGACUGAGUUGGAAUUUUGUAAGGGUCACGCAUUUCAAAUCAAUGUCCCAAAUAUCAUCUCAUAAUUGAUGUGCUAUGAUAGAGUAGAUAGCUCACAAACCCGUCAAUUUUGCUCCGUUAACUUAUAGUUUCAUUGUACCUUUUUCAAGAUUACUGAAACUUUGAUCUUGAAUGCAAAAACGGCAACAUAAAACAACUUAUCGCACUGUGCUUUCGGGCCUUUUACAAACCACGGUCAAGAGGGUGCAUUGGCAAAUAAAUAAAAUUUGUAACUAACCAUUUCCAUCGUGUCCUUGUAGUGGUCAGGCCAGUAAAACCGUUCUUUGAUUUUCCUACGAGUAUUAUCGCGGCCGGCGUGUCCACAAAAAGGAGCAGAGUGGCACUCUUCGAAGACCCUCGCUUUCUCUUCCUCGGUAAUAACAAGUCGUCGAAGCGCUGUGCCAUCCUUCUUCUUGGCCACGUAGAACAAGGACUCUAAUUUUGAGUCAUACUCGAACUUUUUGGCAAAUUUUUGUAAAGCCUUCCGGAUAAACCUUUUAAGAUACUGGAAAAGAUUUCUACAUUUAGCGGAAUCCAUCUCUAAAACGUUUUCGAUUUUCCUGCGAAAUCCAGAGUUUUUUUGGAGGGGUGAAAACACUAGGGAUUUGGGCAUCCCGGGAGGGUACCAGGGGAUGCCUAAAACGUUGCAGUAAUUAUGAGAAGGGGAUGCCCAGAACGCUAGGGAUUUGGUAAUGGGGAUGCCCAAAACGCUGACACCGGUGUCACAGCGUUUUGGGCAUCCCCGCGUUUUGGGCAUCCCCAUUCCCAUAUCCCUAGCGUUUUUGGUAUCCCCUUCUCAUAUUACUGCAGCGUUUUGGGCAUCCCCCGGUACCCUCCCGGGAUGCCCAAAUCCCUAGCGUUUUGGGCAUCCCCUCCAAAACAAUUUGGGAUUUCGCGGGAAAAUCGAAAACCUUUUAGAGAUGGAUUCCGCUAAAUAUACAAAUCUGUUCCGGUAUCUUAAAAAUAAGGUUUAUCCGGAAGGCUUUACAAAGCAGGACAAAACAAUUCUUAGAAAAUUCGCCAAAAAGUUUGAGUAUGACUCAAAAUUAGAGUCCUUGUUCUACGUGGCCAAGGAGAAGGAUGGCACAGCGCUUCGACGUCUUGUUAUCGCCGAGGAAGAUAA